AUGAAGUAUAACGCACUCAUAUUUGUCCUUUCGGCUGCCUUGGUGCUGUGCGCACAAGCUGAGCCCGAACCUGAACCCAAAGCCGAGCCAGAACCCGCCAAAGGUCAACGCGCUGUUUUUCCACGCUUCCGUUCCGCCGCUGAUGUGAAAGAAGCACGCGAUGCUGAAAACGUUGAGGAUGAAAGUGACGCCGAAGUCGAGGCGAGUGCUAAUGAAAGCGCCACACCCAAUAAGGGUGCCAACGCUUCCAGUGGUCGUUUGUUCUUGAAGAAAUUCUUACUCUUUAAGAACAUGUUCGGUCAACAACAACAACCCAUCAUUCCAAUUGUUAUUGCCGGCGCAGGUUCAGGAACUUCACCAACUUCUACCACUUCACCCACCUCCACCACGGUCACCUCCACAGGUUCCAUACCAACAGCAACCGGUACAGUCAGCACCUCACCCACAACAACAUCACGUGGCGAUGGACUCAAACGCCAUGAGGAGCAGGCGCUGGAAGAGGCUGUCGCUGCGGCCGACGAAGAGGAAUUGCAAGCAGCACUCGCUGCCGGCGCCCAAGAAUAUGUGGUGACAGAUCAGGAAAUUCGCGGCACAUCCGAAUCGAAGGCCACCAGAAAUCCGGCACGUGUUAAUUUACGUCGCCCUGGCGCUAAGAAAGGUCAGAUGGUGACUGUGCGCAUACCACCAAAAUAUCGUAAAUACUUCAAGAAUGGUCAGAAGGUAAUGCUGAACACUAGCAAUCGUCCCGGUAAGCGACGUGUUGUGCAGAAGAAACGCAUCAACCGUGUGCGCAGGCGGAAGGGCGGCAAAAGACGUCGCGUUCAGAAUUAA